UGUCUUGAAACCAAUACCAUUCUAUUUUUGUAUCUUCAGAAAAGCAUUUAUUGCUUUGAAAAUAAAUUGUUUAAUAACAUAGUUGUAAUUCGAAUGUAAUAUACCAAUGAACAUGUCCUUGUCAAUGAAGUUUCAGAAUUCUAAUCGAAUACGUAAAGAACCAAAAAAGCAAACAAAGCGAACUUGUUUAGGUAUCUGUAUACAAAAAAGAAGUUUUAAAUUAUUGUGUAAGAAUAAAAAAAAUAUUAAAGUUGCAUAAGAUUGUUUCGGGUAAGACAGUUUCAAGAUUUCAAAUAAAAUAUGUCUUGCAUAGUCUGUGAAUUUGACAGCAAAAAUGGCAUAUUGAAUACAAAGACGCCACGGCAUUCGCUUGUAUCGGCUCGAUAUAAACACUUUGCCUAUUUCGUAUUACGUUACAGACUUCCGCAAAAUUUAGCAGAGAUUAUUUUAAAUUUAACUGAAAAUAUGAAUGCUUUAGUUGGGCAGUACGGCGAGGAAUCUCGAUCGGAAAUCGCAAAGGUAGUGUAUAGAGUAAGUCAAUUAAAAUGCCGUUUAGAACGAAAUGGUCCGUUUCAUCAAUUUUCUGGAGCUGAAUUAGAUAAAGAUUUAUGGAACGAAUUUCUAUUAAAUCUUGACGAAGGUCAGUCCACUUUCUUUGGCAGUUGCUUCCUUUAUGCCGAAUGUUAUGUGUUUCGACGGUUAGUGUGCUACUUAGAAAAUACUGAAACUUUAAAAACGUUUGACUACUAUGCUAAUAAAAAGCAAAAGUCCUUAAUUGCUUUUUUAGGUACAAUAGAAAUUAUACUGUUUGGAAUACGUACAGUUGGGACUUCUGAUGAUGUGUUACGCUUUCUUUUAAGGCUUAAUCUUUGGGGCAAUCAGUGUGAUAUAUCAGCCGAUACCGAAAAGUAUACCGUAAAACGAAAAGGUCCUUUCGAACACCUACGAGCUUACGAGAAAAAUAUAAUAAUUGACAGUACGUCGUCGAUCAUCAACUCUUUAAAAACAGCAGAUCAUUCAAACCCUGUUCUAGUUGAUUUCAUCUGCGAUAACUCUGGUUAUGAGUUGGUUCUCGACUUUAUUCUGGCUCAUUAUUUACUUGAAGCUAAACUGGCAGAUAAGAUACGGUUUCAUUUGAAAGCAAUUCCUUGGUUUGUUACGGACGCUACAGCUACAGAUUUUCAUUGGACACUUCAACAAUUGAGGAAACAGAACGGGCGUUGUACCCAAGAAUUCGCAAAAAUAUGGCUCCUAAAUUUGAAUGAAGGUAAAUUCGAAGUCGCUGAGCCUGAUUAUUUUUGGACAAGUCCUUAUGAAUUUUACAGAAUGCGUGACGUCCGCCCAGACUUAUACAAAAAGCUAACUGAAGCACACAUGAUUAUUAUUAAAGGUGACUGUAACUAUAGAAAACUAAUAGGCGACUUCCGAUGGGAUGCUUCGGAGUCAUUCAUAACUUGCUUAAGAGGCUUCCAGCCAGCAAAUAUUUGUAGCUUACGAAUAGUAAAAACGGAAAUUAUAUGCGGAAUGAGCCCCGGGAAAAAUGAAGAUCUAAUAAAGAAAAACAAUGAGUGGAUGCUGAGCGGUGAAUAUGGCACUAUUCAAUUUAUAGAAAAUAAUUAUUGCAGCUGUUCCGAAACUUUGCGUGAUAUAAUGAAUCCAAACUAAUUAAACAAAAUGUCAUAUACCCGAGAACUUACUUUUACAUUGGAGUCGGAAAAACAUACAAGUAAUACUAACAUUCAAGGAAACAAAAAAAAUUAUAUUCAAGAAAACAACAAAAUAAAAUUCUACAAUAAAUGGAUCUAAAUAAAAUAUAA